CUGAACGAGGGCUUGAAAGGAAGGGGGGAAUAGUUUAGGCGAGGCCCCGCCCCUGAAUUUAAGUCUUGCAGAUUCUGGAAUCUGCCAGCGGAGCCUUUCCUUGGUAGAGAAGCGGGAGAAGCGGUUGCAAUUGCUUGCAAAACCGUGGGAGGGGAGAAGAGGACUAAAGGUGGCUGACGGAAGGUGUUUUGUAGGAGGUCAUUGGUGUUAGUCCUGAGAACCCAAAAUGGCCUCCCGCCGGAUGACGAGAGAGACUUUUGAUGCCGUCAUGCAGGCCAAGGCGAAACGGUAUCGUCUGGAGCGAAGCGACCCUAUCGACGAGGCCCUCCAUCAACUUAGAGUUCAUUCUCGGCCAGUUGCACCACGUACCCGUUACAGUGAAGAUUUCAUUGAUGAUAGUGAGUACCCACGUGAUGACUGGAGAGAAGAAACCCGAGAAGACUUUUCUCUGGCAUCUUAUAGAUCUAGGAGCCCUGUUGCUGAAGAAGAUGAUUACUACAACAAAAGCUAUGACCCUCCUUCACGGACCCGAGACUAUGCCCACCCAACUUCCCGUGAACGAGACUACGGUCGUUCAACUUCAGUGGAUCGGGAUUUUGAUGGUCCACCUAACAGGGAUCGUGAGUAUGACCACCCUGCGUCUCGGAAACGGGAGUACGACCACAUCCCUUCUCGGAAAACCUCUCGACUCCAUGAUGCUGAAUAUGCUUCUUCAGACCUGCUAAGUGAUUUUAGAUCUCUGAGGCAUUUGGAAGAGGAUUACAGCUCUGUACAGAAUCAGGCUAAUGACUUGAAGUAUGGAUUUGAGCUUGAAAGAGAAUUCAAUCCAUCUUUGCGUGGCAGAGGGAGGGGAAAGCGGGGCAUGGUCACUCGAGGCAUGGUUAAAAAUAAAGGGGGCAUGGAUGGUCCCAUUAAGAAAUGGGAAGAUAAAAGGCUGCCCCGAACAGAUGACCAGCUAGAAGACUCUCCUGAUCACCCCAAGCAACGAAUUGUGUCUUCUUAUCGCCCCCAAAUUAGCCAGAGACCCAGUCUGGCCUUCCAAAGAGGUGUCCUACAUCCUGGAAGUCAAAAGUCCAUAAGGAGUGCCCAGGAUGAAGAGCUCAAUUUGGACCUGGCCAACCCAUCUGACAUAUUUUCAACUUUCGGCAUUGAAAUCAUUAAGUGGGCUGGGUUCCAUCAAUGCAAGAAGGACCCAGAAUAUAUGGAGUUAUAUCGGAUGCUCUUCUCGCUAGAGACAGAGACCUGUGCUAAGAUGCUGGCAUCGUUCAAAUGCUCACUGAAGCCUGAACACAGAGACUUCUGCUUCUCCAUUGUCAGGCCUUUACAGCAUGCGGCAUUGAAAAGUCCCAAGGUCGACAACGAGUUCUUGAAACUGCUUUUGGAUAAGGGGGUGAUGCUGACAAAGAACUGCUUCUUCAAGGUCAUUAAACCGUUCGACCAGUACAUGAUGCGGCUCCAGGACCACCUUCUGAAGAGCACCACACCCCUCCUUAUGGCUUGUAAUGCCUAUGAGCUGAGCAUCAAGACCAGUAGCUUCAGUGACCGGGCGCAGAUGGCUGCUGCCUUUGAGACCACCGUUUCCCUUUGCCGCAAAUCCCUGGCGCUCUUGGGACAGACCUUUUCCUUGGCAUCUGCUUUCAGGCAGGAGAAAAUCUUGGAGGCAAUUGGGGUCCAGGAAUCUGCACCUCCGCCCACCAUGUACCCCAAUUUUGACACCUCAGCCUUGUUUGGAAGAGAAUACAUAGAGGUUUUGCAGAACUGGAUGGAGAAGAGUGGCUGCCCGGUGGAGUUAAAGAGAGAGGCUCCCGAGCCAUUGCCUCAGAACCAAAGGAAUGUUCCAGAAACCAGGCCAAAAAUUAAGAUCCCACAACGUGCUGAUCGAAAAGUUGUCGAGACAAUCGAAAAGCUGGUGAACAUCAUGAUUUCACGUUCAUUGAAGGGCAAGGAGAAAGCAGAAUUGAAGGGCAACCCAGAAUAUUGGUUUUUGCAUGAAGAGGAGAGCCUGGAAUUCAAAUACUACAAGCUGAAGCUCUCAGAAAUGGAGCGGCUGAUGUCCACGCCAAAGGAGGAACCAAAGAAGACCCCUGAACAGCUUGCCUCAGAAACGAUGAGGGCGAUAUUGCGCGCGAGGACAGUGGCAAGCGUCAAGAGGAGGCUUUUUAGGAGAAAACGGCCUGGGAUUCUGCAGCGGGCAGCCAGAGCCAGGAAAGUGAGGAAGGCCACUGUCGGGACCCAAACACUCCUGUCGGCCGGGACGAUGCUGAAGCAGCAACGGCUGCACGACCAAGGCUCUGCAGCUUCCUUGGACACAGGCUCCUCCUCAGGCAAAGCCAGCCCUUCCAUCUGUGAUGGAGGCCUGGAAGAGGCAUUGUCCGCGGAGGAAGUUCCGGCUGCCGGGCCCUCUGUAGAAGUUCCAGGACCUGCCCAGUCCUCGGCAUGCCAGUUCCCUGAUGUGGAUGCAAAAACGAUGGAAACAGCAGAGAAGCUGGCCAAGUUUGUAGCCCAGGUUGGACCAGAGAUCGAGCAAUUCAGCAUUGAUAAUAGUGCAGACAACCCGGACCUCUGGUUUCUGCAGGACCGCGAGAGUUCAGCCUUCAAAUACUAUCGCACAAAAGUCUAUGAGCUCUGCCCUUCCAUUAACUUCAGUUCCGUGGAAGAAACUGCUGACCCCAGCGAAAGCCCAGAACAGCUGGAAGGUGAUGGGGGUGAGGAGGAGGAAGAAGCUGAAUUUGAAGAAGAGGUCUCUCAAAUGGAACUGGAAAGAGAGGGAGAUGAGGAGGAAGCUGUCCCUCCAGACGAUGAGGCAGAAGAAGACAUGCUUGCCGAGGAAGGUGCUGAGAAAACAGAAGAGCCGGACACAGCAGAGGAAGGGCAAGCCGGCACCUCCUCUGAAGGUGCUGCCCUGAGGUCGGUCAGCCAGGCGGCUUCUGAUGCCCCUCCUCAGCGCAAGAGGAUCAGUAGCAAAUCCUUGAAAGUGGGCAUGAUCCCGCCUGUGAAGAGGGUCUGUCACGUCCAGGAGCCAGAAGUCCAUGAGCCAGUCCGGAUUGCUUAUGACCGACCUCGUGGCUAUUCGUCUUACAAGAAAAAGUUUCAGAAGACAAAGGACAUGGAGUUCAGGCAUAAUAAACUAACACGGAAGAAUAUUGGGUUCCAGAUGCUCAAGAAAAUGGGCUGGCAGGAGGGGCGUGGCCUUGGGUCGCAUGGAGACGGCAUCAGGGAGCCUAUCAAAGUGGGCUCUACCUCUGCAGGGGAGGGCUUGGGUGUUGCUGGGGAAGAGAACAAAGAAGACACAUUUGACACCUUCCGCCAGAGAAUGAUAAAUAUGUACAAUCUGAAGAGAGGCAGUAAAUAGGUUGAGGAUGCAGAACCCACAUGACUGUUACCUGUGGCUUCUAACGCUGUGGGAGGGGGUAUGACUUUAAAAUUUAAUCCAGAAUUAUCUUUCAAGCAAAGAAUAAGAUUGUUGGGUUGCCUCGCUGCUAUUUUUCAUACGCUUCUUUCCCAAGAAACCCUGCCAAUUUUUGUUCGGAUGAGCAAGGCUAAUAUCGGCUCAUUUGGAUGAUCAAGGCCGUCAGCAAAAUUAAAUCAUGAGCAUCCUAAUAGUCAGCUGUUCUUUGGAUGAAGAAACAGCUGGUAUGCUUUCUGUCUUGUCAAGUAUGUCCUAUGUCUAUUCUGGACAGGAUGCAAAUGACUAUCCUCAGUUGUGAAAAUUGUGGUUCUCCACCCUCAAGACUCAGAAGCUCAACUAUCCAUCCUUUUAAAACUUUCCUUUGAAUCCUUUCACUUCUGGAACAGCUGCUCUGCAAUUUGAAGUAGCAAGUUCUGUUACUUUCAUCCAUCCAUUGAUCAUAUUUACUCCCUCCCCCCUUGAAAUGGUAUGCUAGAACUUUGAUUUUAAUAACUAGGGCUCCUAGGAGUUUCACCUGUAUUCUGGCAUCUUUAUUAGUCAACAGCCUGGACUCAUACACUGCUUUAGUUCAAUAUGGAUUUCUGCCAUUUGUUUGCCUUCACCUCCCCGAACUUGGCCUUCACUUCCCCAAAGGAAUGUCGGCGUACCACAGAAAGCUAUCUUGGGGCUUGCAAGCCCCCCUGGCAGCAGCGCAUUUGAGGUGGUCUGGAAUUUGUGCUUCUAUAUUGUGUGUCACAAGAAUUCAUGGUAACAAUUGGGUGAAACCCUCUUUCAAGACAUUCCUCUCCCUGCCCUCCCUCUUUGAUACUUAACACUAGUCAUUGGUUUAAUGUAACUCCAGGGAAGACUUCUGUUGAAGCAGAGCACCUUGGAACACUAAGACAUGCUGAGGGAAACUGUCUUUAGGAACUGAAUGUCUGAUGGCAUGAAAAGCUGUUGAAAGACAAUGGUUUUAAACCACCUUCCUGACUAAACCGUAUUAUCUGGACUUCCCAAAUGUUGCUUUUCCAUAACAAUCUGCAAAAGAAAUCUUCAUCUUCUCGAAUGGACAAACAAAUCUCUUGUAUUCCUGUUACAAAGCAGUGAACAUUCUUUUUCCAAUAGCCACUCAUUUUUGUGUGAGUUCUGUGAUGUACAUAACUUUUUUUUUGUCCACAAUUAUUUGGAUGUGACUUGUUGCAUUGCUCAGGUUUGGAGCAUUUCUGGCUAUUUGCUUGGAACGCCUUAGAGUAACCAGGAAACAUCCAAUAAAACAGCACAACAUAGCAGAUGUUAAUUUGAGGUUCAUGCUGUCCUGUUAAUCUGGUGUGUUUCUUCACUUGUCAAAGGACACCAGAAGUUGCCUGCUUCAUCCUAACUUGAGUUGAAUACUGAUGCUACAGACAUGUGCUGCAUUGUCUACACAGAAUUCCUCCAGCCUGUUGAAGCUAACUGUGCCAGUCAGAGACUUCAUUGAAGUCCAACCGUUUCCCUGUUACAUUGCUCCAUUAUAGCUCUUUUGUUUCUAGGUGUUUGGUUCUCUUGUCUCUCCAUAAUUCUGUCAUUGCAUUUAAAAACAAAACAGCAUUCUAUCCACCAUGACCUGUUGUCAAAUAAUGAUUCAGUUUGACUUUCCGUUAAGUCAUAGUGGCUUUUCUCACUGUAAAUUGGCUUUAAGGUCUGGAGAACAUCGUAAACUUCUACUGUUUGAAAUCAAAGGGGCAUUUAGGGGUUUUAUUUCACCGACUGAGUUCACCUCUUCAUUCACGUUGCUAGAAGCACUUCCUCUUGAUUUGAGAACUUGCAAAAAAAAAUAUUGCACAGCCAAAUACAUUAUCUGGUGGCUAGGACCCCCUUAUUCAAUCAGCUCUAGUCCGUGUUCCUCACACUUUGUGGUGGAAGGACCAAGUACCCAUUUGAUGGGGUGCAUCGGCAUAAAACUUGACAUAUCCAGGCUGGGGAAGUAGCCUUUUUUACCCCCAUUUUGGUGAGGUAGAAUGGCAACUGGCCUCCUAGUUUGAGCUCACAUGAGAGCUACUUUGCUGGAAAUGUUGAAGGUGAACAAUGCUUAUUAUGGGGGAGGUUUGGCAUGGAGAAUCGUUUUGAUCUCCUGUCCUCCCAGAUAAUGAUGAUUUUAUGGCCAUUCUUCCUUGUCAGCUAUUUGGUUUUGGGACAAAACUAUCAGAGCAACACUGGUGUUUUAAGAUUCUAGUGUUUCUCUCCAGUCUGACCCACUUUUGAUCUUCUGUUUGAGAUCCUUUUGGGUUUUUGCAUCCUGCUUUAGCAGGAGACUUUAGCCAAAAACAUCUGAAUGCAUUUGCAAGUAUUAAAACAUGCUGCCAGGUAGCCUUGUCAGUUCACUUGUUUUUUCUUAUUUUAGCUUCCCAGGCGCGCUCUGUCAUGAAGACCACAAGCUUCCAAGAAUGUGUUUUAACUUCUGUUAGUUGGGAGUUUUCCUCCUCCUCCUCCUCCUCAAAAAAAAAAAAAAACUUUUUGGUUUGGAAUGUUGCUUUUUUAGUGCUUCUUGAUAAAAAACUUUUCCCCCUUCCUGUGGCAUUGAACAGUAUUGACAAGUAAUAAAUAGCAGGUCUGUUAAGUAAUGGCUGAUGUUUCUUGCUUUAAAAUGUUGAAUUGCAUGUAAUUCUUUUUUAAAGGCUUACAAUAAAUGUGGAUAGAAAUGGAA